ACCAAAAGCUUUCGUGCACUCAACCACCACAAAAAUGCCCUUUAUUACCUUCACUUUACUUCACUCGCUUCAAUUGCCUAUAUAUAGAAAUCGCUUCCCAAACAAUUUCUUUUGUCUCAGCCAAACAUUCUUCUUUGUCCCACAACAUCUAGGGGAACACCUUUCUCAUCUAAUUCUUUGUACUAUAUUUUUGCAACCUGGUUUUCUUUAUUAUUGUUAGCUCAAAAUUUCUAAAAAUGGAGUUGGACAAUCUUGUUCGAUCCCUUGAGUCGAGCUCGAUUCUUGUCACCGGUGCAGCUGGCUUUCUUGCAAAAAGUACUACUUCAUUCUUCUCUUCUCCAUCUAAUUAACUCUUGCAUUUUAAUCCGUGUUUCUGUUGCUGACUUUUCUUUGUUGUUAAUGGGGUGCAGUUUUUAUAGAGAAAAUACUAAGGGUUCAACCAAAUGUGAAGAAACUCUAUCUUCUUUUAAGGGCUAAUGACAGCAAGUCUGCCAUGCAGCGGUUCAAUUCUGAGAUUAUAGCUAAGGACUUGUUCAGGGUUGUAAAAGAAAAAUGUGGUCCAAAUUUUAGUUCUCUGAUUGCUCAAAAGGUUACAGUUGUACCUGGUGAUAUCACUUGUGAAAAUCUAGGAGUACAUGACUCAAAUUUGUUGGAAGAGAUGUGGAAGGAAGUAGAUGUUGUUGUUAACCUAGCUGCAACCACCAACUUUGAUGAAAGAUAUGAUGUGUCCCUUGGAAUUAAUACCAUGGGAGCUAAGCAUGUGUUGAAUUUCGCUAAAAGAUGUGCUAGAAUGAAGGUGUUACUCCAUGUAUCAACAGCUUAUGUAUCUGGAGAAAAAGAGGGACUAAUUCUGGAAACUCCAUAUCGAAUGGGCGAGACUCUGAAUGGAACAACUGGAUUAGACAUUGACUAUGAGAAGAAAAUCAUUGAUGAAAAAUUGAAAGAGCUUCGAGCUGAGAAUGCUACUGAACAAGAUAUCAAAUUAGUCAUGAAGGAUCUUGGAAUACAAAGGGCAAGAAAAUUUGGAUGGCCAAACACUUAUGUGUUUACAAAGGCAAUGGGGGAGAUGCUUUUGGGAAGUUUAAUAGGAAAUAUUCCUCUUGCAAUUGUUCGACCUACAAUUGUAACCAGCACUUAUAAAGAGCCAUUUCCAGGUUGGGUUGAAGGAAUUAGAACCAUCGAUAGCCUUGCGGUUGGUUAUGCUAAAGGGAGACUAACUUGCUUCCUAGGAGAUCCAAACACCAUAAUUGAUCUUAUCCCGGCGGAUAUGGUGGUGAAUGCCAUGAUGGCAGCAAUGUUGACUCAUAUAAAUGAACCAAGUGAAGAACCGAUCAUUUACCAGGUGGGUUCAUCUGUAUCAAAUCCGGUUUUGUAUUCUUCACUUCAAGAAUUUGGUCAGAGGUACUUCACCAAGCAUCCAUGGGUUGAUAAAGAAGGAAAGCCAGUUAAAGUUGGGAAGAUCACUGUUCUAAGAACUAUGGAAAGUUUCCAUAGUUACAUGGCUCUUCGUUACUUGCUUCCCUUAAAGGUUUAGUUUUUUUACCCCUCAACCCUUUUGCCUGAUUUACUUAGUUAUCAAAACUUCAAACUUUUCUUUCUUAACUAACAAAUAUGUGUUUUUCAGGGUUUAAAGAUUCUGAAUGCUGCACUUUGCCAAUAUUUUGGUGGAUUAUACCAUGAUCUUUACCGCAAAAUAAAAUAUGUGAUGAGGAUGAUUGAUCUCUAUGGACCGUACUUAUUCUUCAAGGGAGUGUAAGUAUCCAUAUAUGACUUCAUUUUUCAUUAUUUAUCAUCAAUUCGAAAAAUUAUUUUGGGACGGAAGAGAAGUUAUACAACAUUUCAAAUUUGUGCAGAUAUGAUGACAUGAACACAGAGAGAUUGCGUCAAAUUAUUAUGGAAAAAGGUGCUGAAAAUGUGUUCUACUUUGAUCCCAAGUGUAUAAACUGGGAUGACUAUUUCAUGAACGUCCAUCUUCCUGGAAUUGUGAAAUACGUAUUCAAAUGAUGUAAAAAGUCCCCAAAAAAAAGGGGAAAAAAAAAGGUUGUCUGAAUUAUAUAUCAAGGCAGAGCUUUACUACUUCUAUUCGUAAAGUGGAAUUCCAUAGCUAGCAUGACAGAAUUAUUAUUGUUGAAGGCCGGCCAGUAAUUGAAGUGUUGAAUACUUUAAUGGAAAUUAAUGUAUUAUUUUUUUUAUUAUAUAUAUAUGGUUUAAUUAAUUGAUGAAGAUUUAUUGUUUUUGCA